CGAUGCCGUCAUGAUGUAUGCAAUGGCUGUCAACGAGACGUUAGAGGAUGAAAAUGAUAUUACUGCCGCCAAUAUCCGACUCAAACUGAUCAACAAAACAUUUAGCGGCUCACAUGGAGUUGUGCGUCUCGGUCCUUCGACCGAUCGUGUGGCAGAUUACGAAAUUUUGCAACUUCGCCACGACGAUACCGAAUUCAAGCCAUUUGCGGAAGUGCGCGGCGAGAAUGGGCAGUAUACGGAAAUACGGCCAGUAAUAUGGUUGAAUCGUGCUAAUCAACCUCCACCCGAUACACCUCCUUGUGGCUUUGAUGGAUAUGAUCCCGAUUGCGUGGCCGCCGCCCGAACAACGCUAGCGGCGAGCCUGGGUGGAGCCUUGGGAGUUCUCGUGGUAUGCGGAGUAAUUUUCGCUGUGGGAUACCGGCAAAUUAAACUCAACAUGGAGCUCAACGAUGUGAACUGGGUGGUGCGGCAUAGCGACAUCAUCGUGCAGAAAAUACGACAGAACAAGAGUAUCAUUUCCACCGCCACGGAAAGUUUCGUGUCUCUAGCGCCGAGCGGAAAAUCAGCAUUAUCCCUUUUUCAUCCCGCACUGAAUUUUGGCCAGUCCACGCCGACGGGACUGAACAAGGGUGGUAACACGGCGAUCGCCGAAUCUGUUAUGCUCACCAGCGUGACAAUGGUGAUUUGUCGCAGUACAGCUGCUAUACUGCGGCCGUGUGAGCAUGCCAGAAUCGCAUUAACGGAGAGGACACGGAAUGAAGUGCGCAUUGUUAAAUCCAUGAGCCAUGACAAUGUGGCCAAAUUCCUAGGCGCAUGCAUUGAACCGACACAUACAGCGGUAUUAAUGGAAUACUGCUCCCGUGGGAAUUUGCAUGAUGUUCUUCAUAAUGAUGCACUGAAUCUGGAAUGGCUGUUCCGCAUCUCCUUCCUAACGGACAUCGUCCAGGGUCUUGCAUACAUCCACAAUACCGUACUGGAACACCAUGGCCGCUUGACUUCGAGGUGCUGUUUUAUCGAUAAGCGAUUCCUUCUAAAGAUUUCCGAUUACGGGUUGCCGUCAUUUUACCACCCCGGUCGCCAGUGGGGACCCGCUGACCUUUUAUGGACGGCUCCGGAGCUGCUACGGGGCAACGCCCACAUGAUACCAACCCAAGAAGCGGAUAUUUAUAGUGUCGGUAUAAUACUGCAGGAGAUCAUUUUGCGCGAAAGCCCAUAUUACCAGAGUAAUCUGACGGCCGACGAAACUGUAUGGCAUUUAAUAGCCGGCGAAAAUCCCCCUUUCCGCCCUCUGGUGGAUGAUCCGUUUUGUAACCCGGAACUGAUUGCCAUCAUGCAGUCAUGCUGGGCAGAAAAUCCUUCGGAUCGACCACGACUUGGACAAUUGCGGACAUCCAUAAAAACGUUGGCCAGGUCUUUUGGUGUCGAGCGGAACAGCAUAAUCGAUACGCUACUAGAAAGGAUGGAGCAGCACACCCAAAAUUUGGAGAAUUUAGUGGCGGAAAAGACUACUGAACUUUUGGAUGAGAAGAAGAAAACCGAUCAUCUGCUGUAUUCAAUUCUUCCAAAAGCUGUCGCCGAACAGUUGAAGCGCGGAGAACAUGUGCUACCGGAAAGCUUUGAGAGUGUUACCCUGUACUUCGGCGAUAUUGUCGAGUUCACCACCAUUGCCAGCUGCAGCGGACCCCUCGAUAUGGUGAACUUCAUGAAUGAUCUUUACAGCCACUUUGACGAAAUCAUCGCCGCGUACGAUGCGUAUAAAGUGGAAACCAUUGGCGACUGUUAUCUGAUUGCAUCCGGAUUACCGCAUCGCAACGGUCUCAACCAUGCAGUGGAAGUUGCGCGAAUUGCUUUUCAGUUGCGCCAAGCCAUAACGGGUUUCACUAUAGCCCAUCUCCCGGAAAGAGCCGUACAACUGCGCAUAGGACUAAAUUCCGGACCAUGUGUUGCCGGAGUUGUCGGCAUUGCCACGCCUAGAUACUGUCUGUUCGGUGAUACGGUUAAUGUUGCUUCGAGAAUGGAAUCGACAGGCGAGCCGAUGAAGAUCCAAAUAACCCAAGAAACCGAAAGAAUAUUAAAGAAGUUUCAUUCCUUUAUUGUGGAAUGUCGAGGAGAAAUUUCCGUAAAAGGAAAAGGAAUCAUGCGGACUUUCUGGUUAUUGGGAGAAAAUAAGGCACUAUUCCACGCAGUAACGUGACAUUGAGGGCGCCGCUAAGAUUAUUGGGAUAGCCUUAUUUUUUUUGUAACCAAUUAUCGUACUUUGCUCGAUGUC